AUGAGAGCCUUGCUUUUUUUAUGGGGCGCACUCAGCUUAAUCUCAUCUGCGUUGUGCUUGUUUGACGGAUUAAAUUGGUUCUCAAGUGGGAGUAAACAGAUCGGCAGGAGAAGCGAUGAUGUGGAAUUGCACAUUAACGACAAUGAUCUUGAAAACGUUUUGAAUAAUAAAAAAUACCUGCUUAUCUAUUUUUAUUCUGAUACUUGUGGGUACUGUGAUAGAUUUAAUCCGGAUUUUGGCUAUAUCGCCCAGCUUUACAAUGGUGGGAAUGGUCUGGACAGUUUCCAGGUAUUGAAAUCUAACGGGAAGAAAAACAAGAGACUCAUUCAAUUGUUUGGUAUAACUCACUACCCUACUUUGAAAAUAGUGAAUUUUGAGACUAAGGAGAUUUUCACUUUUGACGCCGAGAGAACUGUCCAGCUGAUCGUAGAAUUUAUAAGCCAUUAUACUGGUACAGAGCCUGACUACAGCAACUUCGAAUCGCCCAUAAAGAAAUUGGACGAUGAGAACUACGAAGAUUUCAUCAAUGGUGCUUCUUCCUCUUCUUCUUCCUCCUCCUCAUCAUCAUCUACCCUGGCCAAAGUGAUUGUAUUUGCAGCUUCCUUUACCAGGGCCUGGGAAAAUUCGCACUACCCGCAGCAUUUCUUCCAGAAGUUCCCACAGCAGUUUCCGCAGGUUGAAUUUGCAUUCGUUAACGCUGAGCACUCCAACACAACUGCAUUGCAGAGGUACUUAAGAGUGGCCAAUUUCCCAUCUAUUGUCAAGAUCGAUACCAAAACCGGCGCCAUAAGCACAUUCCAGACCAAUUCCCAGAACUUCGCUACCAAUGAUAAGCUAACACGAGACCAAUGUUUGACUUUCAUCACUGGAGCACUCGAAGAGGGUGUGAAAAAAUAUGCCAGUUUGGAAGCCUUACAAGACGCAGCUGCCAACAGCGCAGAAAAGUAUGAGAUACCACAGGGUUGGGGUAUGCAGGUUGUGCCAAAGGGCAAUUCCGCCGAGGAUUUAUCGCUCGAAGAGGAGUACGAAGAGUUGAUGUAUGGAGAUGAACUCUAG